UUUUUUUUUUGAAGACCAAACUCGCCCAAGUUUUUGUAAGCUCGUAUACGCUCGAGCUUAUGUGAAAUAUCAGCCAAUGCCAAUAGCUACUAUCACAGGCAUUUCGACUGUCAUCGACGAUUUGCUAUUAAGGAAUACCGAUAGAGAGAAAGCGGAAGUCAAAUUGGAGUCUCUGCCUCUGACAGAUUAUGAGCAUAAGUCUGCCAAAGCAUUCAGUGCCUUGAUUACGAAACUGCCCUCAAUGCCAUCCGAAGAAAUUAUUAAUGAAUUCGAUAUAUGCACACGCUUUCUCGAUCUAUUUCUUUCCGCUCUACUUGAUAAACCAGACAACGAUAUCUACUUUCGAUGGACAAAGGAGACAGCUUUGGAGUCUAAAGCAAGACCGGAUUUAUCAAGGGAUCGGCCAGAUAUAUGACUAAGCAUAUCUUGUGGCAGGAAGUGGGACGCCAGCCGCGACUAUAGAGAAGUAAAACCUGCCUCACAAAUCCAAAAUCGCUACUUGAUAUGCAAAAAUUUGUAAAUACUCAGUUAGGAGGCGGCCUGGAUAUUCAAACAAAUGGCCGAGAAAUCAAGUUUUAUUUACUAUCCCUACUUGCUACUGAUACACAUGUACUCCUU